AUGACAAUCUGGAAGCAGCGCUUCUUCCGUUGGAACUUUUUCUUUGUGAACGGAAUCUUCUACAACAUGGCAUACAUCCUGUUCUCCUGGAAGCUUGGAUUCUGGGAGAUUGGCACAAAGAUCUUCGUCUUCCAGGAGGUCUUUGAGACGUUGCUAUAUGUUCUCGCACCUUUUGUUCUACCUAUGUCGUUCAUGAUCAAUCCUGCUUUUACCGGGAUCAUGACUGGCGUUACCACUGGAAUAUAUCUCGUCAAUGCGGUUCUGUUCAACGAGAUACAUCUCCGUUUGAAGAAGGAGAGAGUCUCAUGGGCCUGCAUUGCGUACUACAUGUGGUACAAGUUUGUACUGAACUUUGUCAACAUUUUGAGUUGUUACUGGUCUAUUCUCAAAUACGCCCAAUACUUUGCCGUCCGCCACCCCAAGGUUAUCGAAGAUGAAAAGGCUCUCGACGUGGUUCUCACUCUGGACAAUGAUGAAGAAGUAAUGAACCAGUCCACCACGCAGCCACCAGCGGCGCAGCCUCCGAGACGAGGAAUGAGCAUUCGUACCCAUUUCACCACGAUGCCGACUGAGCAACAUGAAGAUCGAUACUAUGGAAGAAAUAACGCGGCAAGAGGUGUAGUGAGUCGGAUUGCAAGUGUGCGGCAAAGGGAGAGGAAUGAAGUAGAUCACUACAGGCCGUAUGAGAUGGGCUACUUGCAGCACGUAGAUGGGGGUGUAUAA